AUGGCUGCCUCUUCUUCUUCUCGCUGGGAGGAGACCAACGCACUCGUCGACUUUCGAUGGAAUCUCUUCUCGGCCACUGCCAUCUUUCAGACCAGCGUGGGCGCUAGACGCAUGCCGAAGAAGACGAAGCGCCGCGGCCGAGCUGUAGUGAAGCCUGCCAAGAAGGUGCUGAACGACAUUCCUGUAAGUCCGCCCCUAUACCCAAAAGACCGCCUACCCAGCUAAUGCGAUCCAGAUUCAGGAGCAUUCCUUCUCACCUGCGCAGCUUGCACCAGCCGUCACCACGGACACCCAGGGAAAGCUCCUCUCGUCAGCGACGAGAAGAAUGCAGCAGGACAUCCGCGCACACUACCAGGAGCGUCUCCAGCAGCGAGCGGAUCGCGCGAGUCUCGAAGUCCUCGAAACCGCUCUGCAACGCCAAUCGGAAGCCCGAGCAGACCAGGCCGCCUGGGAAGAUCUCCAGAGCCUCGCCCUCCUCGACCGAGCGGCUGCGAAACUUAACAAUAAGCUGACGCACUGCACGCCACCCUACCAGCCGACACUCUGGGAGCGUCCGACCCGGGAGACGUCUUCCGCAUCACAGGCAGCGACCAGGACACCGACACCGACACCGCCUGCGAGGGCCGCGAGCAGCCAGCGCACCCUAGGUUCGAGUUUCGCGAUCUUCAGCUCCAAGGCUGGCCAUGAGGCACCGAGGUCCUCACAGCAGGACUCCCACAUUGCACGCUCGGAUGCGUUGCUUAAAAUCGACCCGCUAGACGCUGAGGCGCAGCACUGGCUCGAAGCGGAGCUCGCCGCGGCCAUGAGCAGUAGUAACCCUGCACCAUCACCCAGCAGCCGGAAGCGAGACGACGAUCUGCAAACUUCUUCCUCGCCUUCACGCUCCAUGCGAGCCUCGGGAAGAAUCGACCGAUGGCUUGGCCGGAUCGAUGGGGCCGGAGACGCUCGCUCGGAACUUAUCCCGGCAGUUUCUCGAGAUGAAUCUUCUUUUUCUUCUUCUUCUUCUUCUUCUCAACGUCGUGCAUCUGAAGGGGAAAUCGUCAGCUUGAGCUUGAGCUCGACGGGAGACGAUGUGGAAGGCGAAAUUUUCAGUGCGGAAGGUGACGAGGAUCAGUGUCGACGGUUUGAUUUCGGCAGCGAGACGCUGAGAGAGCUCGAGCGGUUGGAUGCCAAUAUUCGAGAUCUUGAAAAUUUGAGCGAGGCCAGCUUGGAUCUUGCCCAUUUGCGGCGUUCUCGUGGAAAUUCGAACGAGAUGGGGGAUUGGGAGAUGGAGGAUGAGAUGGAGGACUGGGAGAUGAUUUCAGCCGCGGAGUGA